GUGCUGUCGACCAGCGCUGAGAUUCAGAACUGCUAGCUCAAGACAUCUACCGUACCUAUUAAAGACGACCUUGUACACGAUAAGGGUGGCAAAAUGGUUGCGGACCGGCGUGGCGGACGUGUGCAGCGAAGCACUCUGGCAAAUGCUGCUACCUCUGGCGCCAAGCCGCCGUUGGCCCCCCCCAAGCUGACUCCUGAGAGACGAUCAGGAAGGAAGCGGGCGAAACUAGAAUCUCAGCUCGAGAUUGUCCUAGAUGGCGCAACCGAUGCACCAUUACAGCAAGAGGAUUUGCACGAGAAUGGCGCGCCAGCUACAUCAACGGGGUUGCACGGAACGGGCUUGGUCAAUGGAGAAACCCCACCCGCAGCAAACGGAGAAGCAGCAUCUUUGGGCAAGACUCCCAGUGCUAAGUCAGAGAAGGAAUCAGAUGUGGGGGAUGGGGAGUACGCUCAGCUCCUUGCGAGCAGAGCGCUUGGACCGGUUGCGGGUUCUGAGUGGGUGCCGGUAUUGCCCCAAAUCGAGAGCCAACGUCCGGGGCUUUUGGCACUGCUUUCGGAGUUCCGGUUAGAGCUGGAGGAAUUGGCUAAGGCUAACAAGGGAGAAAUGAAGUUGCCAUCGACACCGUUCACCAACGCAAGCUACCUGAAGCACCUGGAGCUCGCUUUUGUGUUAAGGGCACAGAAAACGGAGAUCUACCGGGCGCUGAAGAUGGCGGUGGCGAGAGGCGCCCCAACAGAAGACCCAGGCGCACUGCCGGAAGCCAGGCAGCACGACCUGGAGGUUGUGGAACGUCUCUUGAAAGCAGUUGAAAUGGUGGGCUGCGCGCGUCUCCAAAACGCCCCAGAGGCGGAACAACCACUAGUGUACCGGCUUUCGGAGCGAUACCCGUUGAGUGGAAAGGAGAAGGAUCUGCUGAAGCUCUUAUUUGUCAAGGGAGGGAGUUCCAGUCUGGCUUUCAACAACAUCCUAGGCCUAGGUUUGGGCACGCCGAGGCCGGAGGAUCGCGACUGGGAGAUGCUGCUCUGCGGGCUGUCGGCGAUUGAGAUGGACGAGUUCUUGGACGACAAGAGGGUGCAUAUGUUGGAGGGGAUCGUCAUGGAAGUGGAGGACUACGACGGAAAGAACCUGAAAAUGGUGAACGACGCCGUCUCCGUUCUCCUCGGCAACCCGAUCCGGACGGAGCAGCGCCUGAAGCUCAGCCGGACGGAACUGCUAAACAUUAUGGAUUCGGCUGCUCCGCCCGAGAACGGCGCUCGAAGCGCGGCGCCGGACGUCCAGAACGGAACGGCCGAAGCGGAACGGAACGGAACCUCGGGCGGCGGAAGCGAAGUCGAGAACGUGGGAGUUUCCGAUGGCAGGAAGAAGGGCACGAAACGCUCGCGGAAGGACUCGGGUUUGGAAGACGACCUGGCAGCGGAGUUCCGGGCGUUGGAGCAGGGGGUUGCGGCCGAGGGGAAGCGGACCCCCCCGGAAACGAACGGGAUGGUUAGGGAGGAGGGGUCAGGGGCCGGGUUAGAGAAGGGGGAGAAGUCGGAUUUGCAGCCGUAUCAGGAUAGUCUGGAGUAUUUGGACGACAGUUUUCAGGUGCUAGCGCUGCAGAUGAGGGUGUCAAAGGCGCGGCACCAGGAGGAUCUGAAGGAGGCGGGGAACGCGCCAGGCGGGUGGUACGAUGGGUACAACUACAAGAACAGCAAGGCGCCCAGCACGCGCGAGCUCAAGGCCAAGCUCAAGUUUGCGCAGACCAAGCUGCGCGAGCGUUUGGCGGUCACGGAGGAAGCCCUCAAGAAGAGCGGCGAGCCGCCCGCUGACGUCAUCCUGCCCGUGGGCGGGGAGUCUGCUGACGUCAGGGCCGCGGUGACUGAGAAGGGGGCCGAUGGGGACGCUGGAAAGGCAGAGGCGAAUGCGGAGAUUCCGGUGGGGAACGGAGAUGCGAGUGCGAAAGUCGAAGCGAAGGGGAAGAAAGCGGAUAAGAAAGACAAAAGCGGGGACGCGAAGGCGAAGACACCUGUGGAAGGAACGGAAACGGCGGUUCCGAUGGAGCAGGAUACAUCAACGGUUGCGGCCGGUGCCUCUUCUGACAAAAUUGGGGCAGUGUCUGACGCAGUGAAGGACGGGGAGGUUAAGGACGAGGUUAAGGACGAGGUUAAGGGCGAGGUUAAGGGGGAGGUUAAGGACGGCCCGGUGGAGCUCCCGCGGCUGGAGGCGCUAGCCCGGAAGCUGGGGUUGGACGAGUUUGAAAAAGGGGUGGUCACGAUGCUGACAGGUGUUGCGAUCUCGCCGGUCGUGAAGAGCAUCUACGAGGCGGACGACGGGGGAAGCAGCUACCGGAGGACAGCAGAUACGGUGCAGGUCAAGGACAUUCUGACGGUCUUCCUCGACACGUUCAAAGACCAAGUCUCUGCACGCCCGUACUUCUAUAAGUCCAGCCGCCUGGUGUCAAAGGCCCUGAUCAAGAUCCGGCCGCCGCCGUACACACGGAACGGCGGCGAUCUGAUGGACCAACAGGUGGAACUAGAUCGGCGGAUGCUCGACUGGAUUGUGGGGCUGGACACCGAGAUGAACGAACUAGUGGAGGGGAGCCAUUUGUACCAUCCCAAGAUCUCGAUGGAUCAAGUGGUGCUACCAGAAGAGCAGAAAGCGGUGCUGCUGCGCACGGUGGACAACUACGCCAAGUUCAAGCAGUACCGCCACACGGCCGGCCUGGAGGACGUCAUCAACUACGGCGCGGGGCUGGUGAUCCUGCUCUGCGGGGCGUCGGGGACCGGGAAGACCAUGACCGUCAACGCUGUGGCGCACCAUCUAGGCAAGCGUGUGCUGCUCGUGGACUUCCAGAGCCUGAGCACGGCGGUCAGCUCGGGCAACCGGGGGGAGGACCAGGGCGCGGACCUGCGGGGGCUGUUCCGGGAUGCGGAGAUGAACGACGCCGUCAUCUUCUUCGACGAGUGCGAGGCCAUUUUUGCACAGCGUGAGAGGGGCGGGGACCGCUUGCUAAACGCCCUGCUGACCGAGAUGGAGCGCCACGAGGGGAUCAUCAUGCUCGCGACCAACCGGCCGCUGGACCUCGACGAAGCCAUGCACCGGCGUAUCACGUGCGUCAGCGAGUUCCGCCACCCGGACCAUACGCAACGGAGACUCAUCUGGGAGCUCUCGUCGCGGAAGCUGCCGCUCGCUGAAGCGCUCGACUGGGAGAAGAUUGCGCUGAGAUAUGAGCUGACGGGAGGCUACAUCAAGAACGCGCUUGUGAGCGCGCUUCUCCUCGCGAUCAGCCGUAGCGCAGACGACCCCAAAGUGACGGAGGACGACAUCGUGGAGGGCUGCCAGAUGCAGAUGCGGGGCAGCCUCCAAAUGAAGGCCUUUCUACACCGGGUCGUGCCCAAGACCGGACUGGACGACCUAGUGCUCUCGUCACAGAUGCGCAAGCAGCUUGAGUCCAUCGUCAACUUCGAAAAGGCGCGCGCGGUCAUGGUGGGCUCAUGGGGCUUCGCCCAAGAGCGGGUCGGCACCGCGGCUCUGUUCUGGGGAAUCCACGGCUCCGGAAAGUCCGCGGCCGCCGAGGCGAUUGGCUUUGAGCUGGGACGUCCUCUCAAGGUGAUCAACUGCGCGCAGCUAGUGUCGCAGGAGAGCUCCUCCAAGACGGGUUCCGCGAUAACCGCCACCUUCAAGGACGCGCGCCUCAUGGACGCAGUGCUGGUUCUCGAAGACUUCCAGGUGAUCGAGGGGGGGAACGACGAAGACAUGAUGGUCUCCCGGUCGUCGUCAGCCGCCAUCGGGCUGCUGCUGUACAACCUGGAGCGAUUCCCAGGGGUGUGCAUACUCAUUGCGAACAACAUCCAGAGUAGCGCAAUCCGGCGUCUAGACCCGGAGCUGAUGCGCCGCCUGCGGGUGAUCGUCGAGUUCAAGAUGCCGGACGCUAAGACACGUGGCCGCAUGUGGCGCAAGCUGCUGCCGGACAAGGUCCCUCUCGCACCCGGCAUCGACUUUGACGAGCUCGGGCGGCGCUUCGAGUUCAACAGCGGGGCGAUCAGCGGGGCGACCGUCCGGGCCGCGGCAAAGGUGGCGCUCCGGCCGUUGGAGGAACGGGUCGUCACACAAAAAGAUCUGAUGGAAGCUGCUGAAGCGGAGAAGGAUGCCAGGAGAGACGAGAUUGAUGAGGUCGCAAUGCGCGCGUUUAUUUGAGCUGAUAGUACUCAGAUGCAGUGCAAAUUGAGUCUUUGCUCAAACGGCAAUUCGUUGAUGGAUUGUACGUGCGCGUGAAAUGCCCUUCGGCCAUUAUAAAUCUUGCUUGAAGCGUGCCGCAGCGGCUUUGCAGAUUCGGGACUACAUUCCCUGUGCAAUAAUAAUUAAAUGCCAUGCCGUGAGAUCCUUGGCCAUGGCAGUGUCUGCCA